AGAAAGAAGACUCCCUGCUCUUCCUCUUCUAGGAUGUUACCGUGAUUAUACGCCCAUUGUAGUGCGGACAAGGAAGGAUUGGGAAGUACACCAUACAUUAUAACUCUACAUUCCGCAUCGAAGGUCGACUGAAUAUGCUAGCGGUGCUUGGAAUUAUUACAGGGCCUCUCCCUGUCGCGAUGAUUCAUACUGAACCAUUCCGGGCUGGGCCCCACACAAUUUCUUAUAAUGACGUUCGACUUUGGCGUAAGGUAGGUAUCUAAGUCCUAUAAGUAUUUCCAAAAUAUCUUCAGUAUGGGUAAUUAACGAUUCUUCCUUGAACUUGGGUACCAUUCUCCAAUAUCUAUAGCCUUCACACAAAAAUGUUGGUGGAACUUUUUCUAAGCGUCCGUACAUGGACAGCUCUGGCGAUUCUAGCCAGCAUAUACCAUCUCCUCCUCCGUCUACGACAGCAGCCCACCUUCCCCAUCGUCAACAAAUACCCAGGCGACUUCUUCCGCCGAAGGGCAUACCGCGAAGUCCGCGAAAAUGCCAAAGAACUCAUCACCGCCGGUCUCGCCAAGCACCAAGGCCCCAUCACAAUCGCCAUCCCGCACGGCCAAAAGAUCAUCCUCCCCUCCUCUCUCACCAGCUGGGUCAAAUCCAACAAAGACCUCGACCACAAGCAGCUCGUCCGAGAAGACUUCUUCUCCGGCAUCCCCGGCUUCGAAGCCCUCUCCAUCCUACACGACCCAGACUCCAUGCUGAUCGACCUGAUCAAGACCAAAAUGGGCCCCAACGACAGCACCCUCACCACCAUGAACACCACCCUCUCCCACGCCCUACACACCCUCUGGGGCAAUACCAACACCACCAAACCCACCUGGCACGCCCUCAACUGGCAAACCGACACCAUGGCCCUCAUCGCGCGCACCGCAACCUCCGUCUUCGCGGGCCCCCAAAAGGCCACCGACGCCGCGUGGCUAGCCCUCGUGCAGGGCUACGUGCUCGCCUACUUCAGCGGCGUGGCCGACCUACACCGCUACCCUCGCUGGGCGCGCCCCUUCGUGCACUGGGUCCUGCCCAACGCGAUCGCCUGCCGCGGGUAUGUCCGCCAAGCGAGGGGAGUGAUGGACGGGAUGCUGCGGGAGAGGAAGGUGGAGCGGGAGAGGAGGGCGGAGAGGGAGGGGAGUGGGGGGGUGGUGAGGUAUGAGGAUGCGGUGGAGUGGGCGGAGAUUGCGUCGGGGGGGAGGGCGAGGGCGGGGGAUGUGCAGCUUUCGUUGGCGAUGGCGGCGCUGUUUACGACGACGGAGCUGUUUCGGGCGUUGUUGAUUCAGGUUGCGCGUCAUCCGGAGCUGGUUGGGCCGUUGAGGGAGGAGGUGGUGGAGCAGGUUGCGAAACAUGGGGUGUCGGUUGCUGCGAUGUCUAAUAUGAUUCUGCUUGACAGUUUCAUGAAGGAGUCGCAGAGGUUGAACAGCGGGUCGGUGGUCCUCGAGCGCAUAGCCCUCAAAGACACAACACUUCCCGACGGCAGAGUGAUACCCCGUGGCUCCCACAUCAUGGUCGACUCGACCGACCUGUGGAAUCCCGCCGUGUACCCCGACCCAGACCAAUUCGACGGGCGCCGGUUCCUGCGCAAGCGUCAAGAAGGCGACACGGCCAGCCAGUUCGUCCAGUCAAGCCCAAACUACAAUGUGUUCGGCGGUGGCCGGCACAUCUGCCCCGGACGCUUCUUCGCGAGCAACGAGUUGAAGCUCGCGCUGGCUCACAUUCUUUGCAAGUACGACAUACGACUGGCCAAAGGUUGCGAGCCUAAGAACCUGCAGCACGGCUUCUACGCUAUGGUUGAUCCGUCUGUUCAGCUCGAGGUGAGGAGAAGGGACGCGCCGACGGGGGACCUAUUGGUUUAAAAGUUCAAACAACCAACCCACGGCAGAAGACACCACAUAGGCUGCCAGUGCUUCAACUCACCAUCGGUAUGGGCUGCGGGCAAGUUAUCACCACCCUGGCCACGGCAAACUUUCUGGUUGGGUCCAUUUUGUAUUAUUUUGCUGAACCCCGCUUCAGAGGGUUGGACUAAAUCAACCUCCGACGACUAUCGCUUGGUGGGUAUUGUAUCG